AUGACGAAACGCUGGGCUCGCAGGGUGGAGCGGACUUGCUGCAACUGCAUCACCUAUCUUCCUUUGGCAUUCGUUUGGGGCCUGACUUCAUGGGCUGUCUGGGUCGAUGUCAUGGUCGGCUCCAUGCCGCCGUCCAAGGGCUCCUGGCUCGGACCUGACCCCGUCAACUUUGCCCUCCUCUGCGUCGUCGGCGGCAUCAUCGGUGUCGUCGUCGGCGCCUUCACCAUCUGGCACCUGAUCCUUGCCGCGCGCGGCCAGACCACCAUCGAGUGCCUCGAAAAGACCCGCUAUUUAUCCCCUCUGCGCAAGUCGCUGCAGAGCAAUCUCGCCGCCGCCUCGGCCGCCGCGCCUGGUUACGGCCAGCAGUUUAUCGAUAUGCACGCCAACGCCCUCCCCGGAAUCACGAGGCCCGAGGUGGGAGAGGAGGUCCGUAGCUUCCCUUCGGAUGGCUCGAGGCCCGUGCAGCUCUCCUACGCCGAGAUGGAACGCCGCCAGCGCAACAGGCGCCACGAAGAGUACAUGAACGAACAGGAUUCCGGCAAACUGCCCCAUGCCUUUGACCUCGGGUGGAAGCGCAACUACAACCACCUCUUUGGGCCCUCGCCGUGGCUCUGGUUCAUCCCCAUCUGCAACACCACGGGCGAUGGCUGGAGCUGGGAACCCAGCUCCAAGUGGGAGCUGGUGAGGGACAAGAUCCGCUCCGAGAGAGAGGAGCAGCGCGCCAGAGAAGUCCAGGCUGGCUGGGGCGGCAGCGAGUACUCUCCCGGACUGCCCUCCGGCACCCUCACCCCCGGCAGACCGGGUUCUCGGCCGCGAUCCCGAUCUCUACGCCGACGUGGCCCCCAAUCCAUCGCUAUGCGUAGCCUCAACAAGAAGGGCCGCGUGCUCCACGACGAGGAUCUCUUCAAGACGGACGACGAGGACGACGAGUGGCCGGAGGAGCAAGAAGAGGAGGAGCAGAACGGGAGGGAGACCAAGAUCCUCGACGCUACGGAGACCACGCCGGCCAUUGCGCGCGUGCCCUCCAAGCCCACGCCUCCCAACAUCAAUUCCACCGCUCGGUGGCAGGGCGGCGGUGCGAGCGGCAUCCUCCGGAAGACGAGCCCGACAACGGCCACCGCCCCCAAAUCCGCCUUUGCGUCACCCGCGCAGCAGGCCGUCAUGGAAGAUACGGUGGAUUGA